GAGGCGAGCCGAGGCGAGAAGAAGAGCGGAGCCACCGCGACGCAGUGUGGCACAGCACCGACUGCCGAGCAAAUCGCACCGACGCACCGACAUCCGAGCAGCGCGGAAGAAGAAGAAGAAGAAGAAGAAGAGGAAGAAGAGGCGACCUGUGCGCAGCGCGCCGCAGCCUUCCGUCCUUCCCUCCAGCAUGGGGACUGCGCUAAAUAACAAUCACUUCAAUGUGAGAUCCGCACGGGAGAUCGGCGCUUGAGUGCGUGUGUGCGUGCGCGUGUGUGCGUGCGCGUGCGUGCGUGUCCGGGAGAAAGUGGCUGUCCCCCGUCUGUCUUUCUGCGGGCGAUCUCCGUUCUGCGCUCUGCGGUUCCGAAGAUGAAGAAGUUCAACAUCAGGAAGGUGCUGGACGGCUUGAAAGAGGUGUCCUCCUCCUCCGCCCCGUCCGUCCAAGUGGGGCCACAGGAGAACCAUCUGAUCCACGAGACCCUCCAGUCCGAGCAUUUCCAGCUCUGCAAGACCGUCCGUCAUGGCUUUCCCUACCAGCCGUCGUCCAUGGCGUUCGACCCUGUGCAGAAGAUCCUGGCCAUCGGCACCCAGAGCGGAGCUCUCAGAUUGUUUGGCCGUCCGGGCGUGGAGUGUUACUGUCAGCACGAGAGCGGAGCCGCCGUCAUCCAGCUACAGUUCCUCAUCAAUGAGGGCGCGCUGGUGAGCGCUCUGGCCGACGACAGCGUUCACCUGUGGAACCUGAGGCAGAAGCGACCGGCCGUCCUCCACUCCCUCAAGUUCAGCAAGGAGAGAAUAACUUUCUGCCACCUGCCCUUCCAGAGCAAAUGGUUGUACAUCGGCACAGAACGGGGGAACAUCCACGUCGUCAACGUGGAGUCCUUCAUGCUCUCAGGCUACGUCAUCAUGUGGAACAAAGCCAUUGAACUGUCCUCCAAGGCUCACCCUGGACCAGUUGUGCAUAUAAGUGACAACCCCAUCGACGAGGGAAAGCUCAUAAUUGGAUUUGAGUCCGGGAUCGUGGUCCUAUGGGAUCUGAAAUCAAAGAAGGCUGACUAUCGCUACACUUACGAUGAGGCGAUCCACUCAGUUGCCUGGCAUCACGAGGGCAAGCAGUUCAUUUGCAGUCACUCGGACGGAACUCUGACCAUAUGGAACAUCAGAGGGCAGGGCAAGCCCAUACAGACAAUCACCCCACAUGGAAAACAGCCCAAGGACGGGAAGAAGCCAGAGCCCUGUAAACCCAUUCUCAAAGUGGAGUACAAAACCACUAGAAAUGGGGAGCCCUUCAUAAUCCUGUCUGGUGGUUUGUCCUACGACACGGUAGGACGGCGUCCAUGUCUGACGGUAAUGCACGGGAAGAGCACCGCUGUGCUGGAGAUGGACUAUCCGAUAGUGGACUUCCUCACACUCUGUGAGACUCCGUACGCCAACGACUUCCAGGAACCGUACGCUGUGGUGGUCCUUCUAGAAAAGGAUUUAGUGGUGAUCGACCUUGCACAAAAUGGUUACCCCAUAUUCGAGAACCCCUAUCCUCUGACUAUCCACGAGUCCCCGGUGACCUGCUGCGAGUACGUCGCCGACUGCCCCGCGGACCUCAUACCUGCACUUUACUCUGUCGGCUCGCGGCAGAAACGACAGGGCUACAGCAAAAAGGAAUGGCCCAUUAGUGGUGGAACCUGGGGUCAAGGCACACAGAGCUACCCAGAGAUCAUCAUCACUGGGCACGCUGAUGGAACUGUAAAGUUCUGGGAUGCCUCUGCAAUAAUGCUCCAGGUGCUCUAUAAACUCAAAACAGCCAAGGUGUUUGACAGAAACCGCUCAAAGGAGGACAAGGGCAGCGCCGAGGUGUCGGAUGAAGACCCCUUUGCCAUCCAGAUCAUGGCCUGGUGCCCUGAGAGCCGGAUGCUGUGUGUGGCCGGAGUUUCAGCCAACGUUAUCAUCUACCGCUUCAGCAAGCUGGAAGUAACCACCGAGGUGGUGCAGCUGCUGGAGGUGCGAAUGCAGUACGAGCUCAACGACAUCGAGUCUCCGGACGGGGGCUGUGGGGGGGGGGAGCUUCCCAACCCCGGCGCCUCCCCUCAGACGAGUGGCCCGCCCUCGCACCCCUCCACCAGCAGCAACAACUCUGACGGGGGCAACAUGCCCUGCCUCAAAGUGCGCAGCACCCCUCUGAAGCAGUCUGCGGGGUUCCAGGUGGAUUCGGUGGUCCAGUUGGUGUGGGUGAGCGGAGAGCCUCCGCAGCAGAUCACGAGCCUGGCGAUGAAUUCCUCCUACGGCCUUGUGGUGUUUGGCAACAGUAACGGUCUGGCGGUGGUGGACUACGUCCAGAAGACGGUGGUGCUCAACUUGGGGACGGUCGAGCUGUACGGCUCCAACGACCCGUACCAGAGACAGCCGCGCUCACCGAGGAAGACACGACAGCCCUCUGGAGGUCUGUGCGACAUUAACGAGGGUUCAGCCACAUCGGAGGACCGCUGCAAGUCCCCUACUUCAGUGUUGAUGUCAAACAGCAAUCUACAGCAAUUCUACAAUGGAGGUGGUAGAGGAGCAAAGAUGUCACGGAAAUUAAGCUUGCCUACUGAGCUAAAGCCAGACUUGGUCCUCCUGUCUGUAUGCCCGCCGCGGGGUGCCAACCCAUUAGACCACCGGGACAAUUCUUUCAGCCGCUCACGCUCCUCCAGCGUCACCAGUAUCGACAAGGAGGCGCGAGAGGCCAUCAGCUCCUUCCACUUUAGUGAGGCCUUUGCCCGAAAGGGGGACAGCACUUUGACACCCUGCCUGUACGUGGGCACCACGCUGGGCACGGUACUCGCUCUGGCCAUCACGUUGCCCCCUGCUGGGGAGCAACGGCAGCUGCAGCCAGUUAUCAUUUCACCAACAGGCAUGCUGGUGCGGCUGAAGGGCAGCGUCAUGCGGAUGGCUUUCCUGGAUCCCACAGGCUCCGUGGUGCCCCCCGCCUACGAGCCUUGGUUUGAGCCCAACGUCACCGCAGACGGUGAGGAAAGGGAGAAGGUCCGUAAGCGCCGGCCCGUCUCGGUGUCCCCGUCCACCUCCCAGGACCUGAACGAGAGCCAGUACGCCGUGGUGUGUUCGGAGAAACAGGCCAAAGUCAUUUCGCUCCCCUCCCAGACCUGCAUCUCUAAAGCGAGUAUCACAGAGGCCUCCUUCAUCCUCCGGGCAGAUGUGGUGCAGAUGAGCCAAGGCGCGUGUCUGGCGUGUUUCUGCGCCAACGGCCACAUCAUGACCCUCAGUGUGCCAGGACUGAGACCGCUCAUGGACGUGAACUACCUGCCUUUGACGGACAUGCGGAUAGCAAGGACGUUCUGCUUCACCAACCUUGGUCAGGCCAUGUACCUCUGCUCGCCCACCGAGGCCCAGAGGCUCACGUACAGCCAGGACACCUGUGAAAACCUGCAGGAGAUGCUGGGGGAACUUUUUACACCCGUGGAGACACCAGAGGCCCCCAACAGAGGGUUCUUCAAAGGCCUCUUUGGGGGAGGAUCCCAGUCACUGGACAGAGAGGACCUGUUUGGUGAGACAUCCUCCGGAAAGGCGUCCCGGAGUCUGGCCCAGCACAUCCCGGGCCCGGGCGGCUUAGAGGGCAUGAAAGGGGCAGCGUCCGGCAUCGUUGGAGAUCUGGCGCGCGCCCGGAUAGCGCUGGAUGAAAGAGGCCAGAAACUGGGCGAGCUGGAUGAGAGGACGGCCGCCAUGAUGGCCAGCGCCGACUCCUUCUCCAAACACGCCCACGAGAUGAUGCUGAAGUGCAAAGACAAAAAGUGGUACCAGUUCUGAUCAGUGGCGGCGGAGGAGCAGAGCUCCAUGGACACAACUGUCACCUUCCAUCGGCUCGUUCGGACUCACAGUUACCCCCCCCCCCCCCCCCCCUCCCCCCCCUCCCCCCCCUCCCCCUCCACAUCCGUCUGUCCGUUGAUUCAAAUCCCUCCAAGCCUUCUUCACUGGGACACUUGGGAUUUUCUUCCCUAGCACAAUGUUGGAUCCGGUUCUUACCUCAGUCGUAGGGUGGAACUGAGGGGGUAGACAGUGGGAGAAGGACUAACCUCAGAGGGAGCAAACAAAUGGUGUCUUUUAUUAUGUUACCGUUUCUUUGUUUAUCUGUGUUCAGCUUCUCCUCCGAGGUAGUCGAUCGGCCCACGCACCUUGAGAUUCGUCAUUCUCACGCGCCAAAAUGUCCUUUUGUCGUCGUCUCCUCUCCAAGCCCAUCGGGGCCAGUAUUCAAAGCGGAGAACAUAGCUGAAAAAAAAAAAAAAAAAAGACACUUAACGAAGAAACGGACUUUCAAAAAAUGUAAAAAGAAGGAAAAAGAAUCUAAAUACGUCAUUAUAUAUACAUAAAUCUUAUAAGUGUGCAACGCUGUAUCCACUUCAGAGUGUACAAAGGAAAGGAAUAACGCAUCGAGGAGUACAGGAGCAGGGUGCGAAGGCCUUGGAGAGCCGCAGGAAGUGCUGUGACAGUGACGCCUCCUCUAUGCAGAGAGUCAGGGGGAUAAAAGCAACCUAUUUUGAUGUACAUUGGAUAUUCCGUCAUCUCGCUCAACCUCUAGACUCUCCUCUGUAUCUUACAGACGUUCAUAUCGUUACCGACAGUGUGUGUGUGUGUGUGUGUGUGUGUGUGUGUGUGUGUGUGUGUGUGUGUGUGUGUGCGUGCGUGUGUUAAUUUCUAUUAUCUCGCCAUUCCUCUAUUUGUUAUUCGUUGGGUUUUUUGCUCUGUCUGUAUUAUUGGAAAAUCUCUUAUUUUUAUAUUGUCGUGAAAGUGGAUGACAUUUGACUCGUGGAAAAAAAAAAUGUUUCGUGGCUUAUAUCUUAACAACUCAACUAAUUUCUCUUUAUGAAAAGGGCUGGAAUCUAAAAAAAAGGAGGGCAAGGAUAUAAAAGGCAUAUAUCAUUUACUCACCGACAUCACCUUUCUUGGCUGCGUACUAACCAAACGCAAUCACUGUUCACCUGAGAACUUCAUCCGCUGACCUGAUGUGAACUGCCUCCAUCACCCUCUAAAGUCGUACGCUUCCACGGGUUUGGCUUAGUCUGUGAGUGUGUGUGUAAAAAGGCUGAUGAGGUCAGAUUAAACACGCUGGUAGCCUAACCAGCUUUGGUGGACUUUCCAAAUUCUUGAUGAAUAUUGGCGAUUUCCUGUACAUUAGUAUCCCCUAUGUAGGUGUAUGCAUAUAUGCAGGAUAAUAGAAAUGUGUCAUCCUUUAAAGGCAUCACUACAAAACAUGUUUCAGGUUUUGCUGACAGUUGUGAAAGUUGUUAGUUCUUUGUUGAUAUUUAUUUAUUGAGGUGAAGGAGACAGUUGCGUUCGGUGUCAGAAACGUUCACCUUAAUUAUUAUCUCGUUUCUGUUUCCGUGUUUGCAGUAAAGCGCAAAUCUCUCUGUCUACCGGGCUUUUAACCUUUAUUUGUAUAUAAGUAAAUAGUUUGACAAUCUAAGACCAACUGGAAAGUAAAUGUUGAGGUUGCCUAGGCAACAGAAGAGGAGAGAGGCCAUAUUUUUCUGACGCCAAAGAGUUGCUUUAGUUUUCUCAUUGCAUUGUCCAUCAUCCGGCUCGUCACCCCACCAGGCAGUGUUACGGUAACGUGCGUGUGAUACAAGUAUUCCAUCGGCCGUGGAGCGCAGGCCCAGAAUCAGGUCCGUUUAGGAAUGUUGUCAUCUCCCGGGUUCAACAAGCGGAGCUAGUUAGACUCAGACAUCUGGACUGAUGUUUGGCGUUUGAAGAGGCCUAACUGUUAAGGCUGUUUCCAUAAAACAAAAACCCUGAUCCAUCCCGCUGAAGAUGAGACACAACAUGUAAAGUAGUCACCUGCGUGUUUGGGAAUGUGUGUGUGUGUGUGUGUGUGUGUGUUCAGUGAUAUAAAUCUGUUCAACAUUCAAUGUUGAUGUCCUGGUCUCACCAGCCGAGUCUGUGUCCAGUGGAGUGUCCGUCACGCUGACUAAAGCCACCGUUGAAGAUGAUAAGAUAACGACAGGAUACUGAGCAUAAGAGGAUGACCUCUAAAUUCUCCUUUAAUUUAUCUUCCGCAUGUUCGGUCUCUCCACACGUGCUGGGACUCUCAUCCACUUCAGUCUUUGCCUUUCUCUCUUCCUCCAGUGAGUCGUCCACCGACUCUUGGCAAUUAUGGCCUUCUUCGUGUCUAGUGAGCAUUGUCAGUGUGGAUGUCGGUAGGUAGCUCUGUCUUUUACCCCCGAGGUGAGGAAGAGGGGGGGUGGGGGGGGAGGGGGAAACAACUUCAGGAAAAAUAACUAGUUUUAGCUAGAGGUCAUCCCCGAACACCUGUUCAACGUCUUUCCCUCCUUCCCAACUGUUAUUUGUGUGUUUUUUUUCCCCCUUUUUGUCAAUGUUAUAUAUAUUUUUUUACAUCUUUGAGUGAUUUGUUUCUUUUCCAUACACUACAGUAUGCAGUAUUCUAACCCAAUACAAUCCAAACACGCAACGAGAGGGAGUCCUGUCUAUCUGCCAUAUGCCAUCUUCUGUCCCGGAUUGAACAGUUAUCAGUGGGUUGCAGUAUUUUUCUCAUUGUAGCCAAUUUUCUUGUACAGUUUUAUGCAACUUUCACAUGGAUGUUAAUGACUUUAUCUGCUGCCACACAAAUUUAGAAUUUCUGUAGAUAGAUGAUUACUGUACAAUGGAAAAUAAAAUUGAAAAAUGUA